AGAAGAUUGAUUGGUGCUUGGGCUGGCCACCAGACGACCGGCAACAGGGCGAGCAUCAAACAUGAGAAACAUCGUCAUAACGUCGGCAACCCGCAGAGGAGCGGCGCUGCAAGGCGGAAAGAGGUCCGAGGCCGUUGCGGUGGACCCAAUCACAAAUCGAGUCUACGUCGCAUCGUCCUCCUCUUCGAAGCUCGACGAUGAUGAGUCGCCUCUCGUCGACUUGGACAUCUGGCAGAUCGGCGAGCAGGACAGCAUGCAGCAGUUGUCUUCGUUUGCUGCACCCAAAGCGCCGCGAUUCAAGCCGCUACCCAAAAGGGAAACUCGGGAGGGCUGGGCGGCUUUGGAGGAAGAGGCGAGGAACGAGGUGGUGUCGCUCGAUUUUAUGGCCGAUGGGGGUGAAUUCGUCCGAGGUAGCCCAGCGUUGUGCAUAGUGACUGCAGGAGGCGACAUUGGUCUCGUACCGUUGGCGGAGGAUGAUGGAGGGGGCAACGAAUUGUCCCCAAUACUGCCAGAGAUCGUAGGGAGCGUGCAUCAGGGCAUCCUCGCGGCUGCAUGGAGUCCUGACGACGAAAUCCUCGUUCUCGUCACCGACACGACGCCAUCAGACUUGGCCGACGAUGGAUUAGAAAAGGGACCCAGCCUCAUCGUCAUGACGCGAGAAUUUGAGGUGCUCAGCGAGACGGUACUGCGGACAGAUGACUUUGGCGAGGAACGACCGAUUGCGCUGGGGUGGGGCUCCAAGGCAACCCAAUUCCAUGGCUCUGCUGGCAAGCAAGCAGCUCAGGAGGGAACUAGCAACGAGACGCAGGAUGACCCGCGAGGGCCCGCAGUUCCCGACGACGACGGGCUGCCGCACAUCACCUGGCGCGGCGACGCCUCCAUCUUUGCCAUCUCGAUGCUCGAAUCGGCUCAUGUCGGGCGUGUGACUGCAGAUAGCAAGCACCAUCGGAUCCUGAGGACGUAUUCCAAGACGGGCAGCCUCCUAGCAACCUCAGAGCCGACAUCGAGAGGUGUUUCUCACGCCCUUGCUUUCAAGCCGUCGGGCAUCCUCAUGGCUACCACCCAACGAUACGGCGGCGACUAUGCCAAGACACUCGAGGGAACAGAGGAGGGCUCGCACACGGUGUCAUUCUUUGAAAGGAAUGGACUGCCAAAAGGUCACUUCGUUCUCCAGGACAGAGGCUGUGAGACAAUCGUACGGAGUUUGGCGUGGAACAGCGACGGCAGCCUCUUGUCAGUCUGGCUACGCGUGUCCAAGCACUCUGACGUAGUGCAGCUUUGGUCGGUCAACAACUACCACUGGUACCUCAAGCAAGAGUUUGAACAGCCAAUUCUUGCUUCGGUUCGUUGGCACCCGGAGAAUCGGCACGAGCUCCUGAUGGCGCACCAGUCCGGAGAAGUCGAUCGGCGAACACUCGUGCUCGAUGCAGCGGUAUCAGGCGACCAGGCAUCAUGUUCGGCUGUGGUUGAUGGCAAAAGGCUCCUCUUGACGCCCUUCCGGUAUCAGAAUGUCCCGCCGCCGAUGGCUAGUCUCACUCUGGACCUGCCUGCGGUGCCCGUGUCGACAAGCUGGAGUGACGCCGGUCGCACAAGCUUUCUGACAGUCCUCUAUGCGCUCGGACGAGUCCAAGUAUGGGCGCUACGUUGGAGCAAGAGUGGUAGUCUUCCGGUUCCGUCAGUCUGGGCUGACGUCCAGAUCGGUUCCUCCGUCAACUUUGAGGCACGGCAGAUAGCGUCCAUCUUCUCCAAAAGCGAAGGUAAUGACUACAACGCGCAGGUUGCUCUUUUGGGCUCGGAAGACGGACGCUCGGACACAGUCAAGCUCGUCGACUUACGCAUUGGCGAUGGAGGUGUCAAGUCGAAAGAAGAAGACCAUGCUCGUGUCGCAAACCAGAGUACCGGCUUGAAAAGUGUCUUGAUAGCGGACAACGUAGCGUCAAGCUUUGGCCUGCAUACGGCCGACGGACAACUGAGACGUUUCGCGGCGGAUCAGAUCGCCUCCAAUCUCGUCAGCAACAUUGGUCACUUCUACCCUUGGCUAGUUUCAUCGACGAUGAAGGCGAUGACGGGACAAGGAGAAAGCGUCGUUGUCGGUCUGACGGAGAACGGCCUCCUUGCAGCCGGUGACAAGACCUUGGCCCGCGACGCCACUUCCUUUGUCGUCACCAAGACGCAUGUGAUCUGGACCACGACCGCCCACGAAGCGCGUUUCUUGGCCCUCGCCAGCCUCAAUGACCCGAGCGCUGCCCCACAGACCGAGACGCUGAGCCGGCGAGUGGAGCGAGGUUCUCGCAUAGUCUGCGCAGUGCCUGCGUCGAUGUCAUUGGUACUGCAGAUGCCACGCGGCAACCUGGAGACAAUUUGUCCCCGCCCCCUCGUCUUAGAGAGGGUCCGCAAAGAUCUCGACGAGCGACGCUAUCGGCGAGCGCUGACCACCUGUCGUACGCACCGCAUUGAUCUCAACCUACUCCACGAUCACGAUAGUGAGGCUCUGCUGGCCCACACGGAAGAGUUUGUUGACCUCGUCGACAGUGCAGAGUAUCUGGAGCUCUUCCUUUCCAACCUUCGUGAUGAAGAUGUGACGUCGACCCUGUACCCGGUGGGGCCCGCUCCCAAGGAGAAAGUCGUGAGACCGGGCAAGGUGAAUCGCGUAUGUGACAGCAUCCGCAGCGUCCUCGACAGGAAACAGAGUGAUGGACAUGUCUACAUCAACACUGUCCUCACCACCUUUGUGCGCAAGACGCCGCCAGACUAUGAAGGCGCUCUUGCGCUACUCAAGAAGCUCAAGGAGCAGGAUGCAACCUUGGCAGACGAAGCGUGCAAGUACGUCAUCUUCCUCACCGAUGCUGAUCGACUGUUCGACGCUGCGCUGGGGACGUACGACUUCACAUUGCCCCUCUUGGUCGCCCAGCACUCUCCCCGGCGCGAUCCGCGGGAGUACCUGCCGCUGCUGCGCGAGCUUCGAAGCGUCGAGCCAAUCGAAAAGCAACGUUUUCGAAUCGACGAUCACCUUGAGAGAAGAGCAAAGGCCCUCGUUUGGCUCCUUACGGGUGCUCAGAAGCACGAGGCGAGCACGUUCCUACCAGAAGCGCUCACGUAUCUGCGCAAGCACAACUUGUAUUGGGAUGCCCUUGAGUUCAUUUCCAAGGAUGGUAAACAAGAUGCGCUUUCGACGACAAUCCAGCUUCAUUGCGCUGAAUGGCUCCUCGACCAGGCAAAGGAGUACGAACAAGCAGCUAUUCUGUUUUGUAACGUGCGCAAAUGGGGCAAGGCCAUCGAGGCCUACAUUGCCGCUGGACAGUGGAGACUUGCUAUGACGCUCGCCUCGUCGCAGCCGAAGGCCACCAUCGAGGGCGUGGCCAGGCGAGCCAUCGAGAAGCUGAGAGCGGAUCAAAGGUACUCCGAGGCUGCCACGCUGUCUCUCGAAUACCUCGCCAACGAGGUCGAUGAUACGGUGGAUCUGCUUCUACUCGCGCGUGACUGGGCAGGGGCUACUCGGUGCGCAGCAAGUCGUGAUAGGGCAGACCUGGUCCAGACGGUCAUUUGGCCCGCUGCGACCGAAGCAGCCGCGGACCUCAUCGAGGAGGUCCAGAACGACGUCGCGAUCCAGUUCAGCAAGCAGAUUGAAAGGCUCGCCGAGCUUCGUCGAAAGAAGCGAGAGCAGCCGCAGGACUUCUAUCCCGCCGGCUACAACGAUGCGGGGGCAGACGACUCGGCUAGCGUCAUGACUGGGACGAGUGCGGGCGGGAGUGCAUUUAGCACCUUUACGAGAUAUACAGCUAUCGCGUCGUCGUUUUCUGCUUCCGUAUCGGACUCACCCUCUUCUUCAUCGGCGGGUGGCUCGGCUUCGGUGCGGAAGAAGCUGAAGAAGAAGGAGGAAAAGGCGAAGCACACGGGGAAAAAGGGGUCCAUCUAUGAGGAAGACUACCUGUUCACGAGCUUGGCCAAGCUCCUCGGCGAGCAUCGGUGGGGGAGGAUCGGGGCCGAGGCAAAGGCCCUUGUCGUCUGUCUGGCCUUUGCGAGCAAGACGUCGGGUAGUGUCAAGCAUGCAGAGGCGGCCAAGAAGCUUCAGCACACACUCGAGACAUUCGAGACAAUUGCCAAAACCAGGCUCGAGGAGCUGCAAAAGGCAGUGACGGCCGAGGAGGAGCAGCUCGAAGCAGAUCGGUUGGAAGCCAUUGAGCAGGCAUUUGAGCUCGGUCUCUCGCCAGACGAGAUGAGGAGAAAGAAGCUCUUUGCGCCCAUCAUCUCGAGGAAGCCCAUCAUGCUCUAUCCAACGUCCCCAGAGGGGGCCGCGGCUUCAGCAAAGGACGCAGAGUCGUGGAAGAUUGAGGCGCUGCACCUGUUGCUUUCACAACCUCAUCAAACAUCGUAAUACGAAGGCUGUCU